UUCCAGUGCUUCAUUGUCUUUACUCUUGGAACGAUCUUCCCCAACUUCUCAUCCAGAGCACUGCUGUGGUUUGAACCUCAUGCAGUCAUCUCCUCCAUAAUAAAUGUUGAAAACAGAUUAUUAUCUUUCUUUAUCACAGCAACUUUUAGCAUGUGUAGCUGGUCUCUCCCAGCCUUUUCUUGCUGGCCGUGUUUUUUCUGCUUCUCAUUUUUGUCAGUUUCCUGUAGGUAAUAUUACCGGUGUGUGGAGAUGCCACCAAUUCAUGUAUAAAAUCUCAGGUGCUUUUUCUGCCUCAGGACCAUACAGUGAAAUAGAUACACGUAAUCUUAUAUUUUUUUGAACGUUUCUUAUGUCCCUUCUAUUCAAAUGGAAAGAGGGAAAUGAGUGGGGUAAUGUCCCACUAAAACCGUAUGCUAGUGUCAUACUGGGUUUUUCUUUCCUCCAUUUUUUGGUGAUAAUUAAUGGCAGUCUUUUCGUUUACCCACUCAGUUGAAACUUAAGCCAGUAUAAAAUUUUCCCUCUGUGUUCUUUUUCCGGUAGCAUCCAGAGAUUGCAGCAUGUAAUUUCUAGUGUUGGGGCUGCACGAGAAACAUCCCUGAUAUUUACAUCUCAUUUGACUUUGAAAGCCUUUUAAGUACAUUGUUUUUUCUUUUUUUCAGGUAUUACUUAUUAGCUUGUUUCUUGGAGAUUUGCUCUUUUGUGUGUUCAGUUUGCAGUCUUUUGAUUUAGAGAAGACAUCUACUAAAGAAAACUUGGGAUUGGGAUUUACAAGUUGAGAUACUCGUAAAGCAGAGAGGAAAUAACAUCAUUGCUCUCCCUUUGUGGUGGAAAAUUCAGUGGUGAGCAGGAAAUUCGUGUUAAUUCUCCAUUUUGGAUUCUCAAUAUUCCUUCAGAAGAGAUGGCAAGGGGACUAAUGAAACGGACUGUAUGUGCAAAGUCUAUAUUUGAACUGUGGGGUCAUGGAAGAUCUGAGGGGGAGCUCUAUGCCUCUUUGAAGAACUAUCCAGUGGACAAGAUGCUUCCAUAUCUACAGUCAGGCUCUACUUAUAAAGUACAUAUUCAUACAUUUAAUAAAACACUGACCCAAGCAGAGAAAAUAAAAAAGAUUGAUGCCCUUGAAUUUCUGCCAUUCAAAGGAAAAGUAAAUUUAAAGAAUCCAGAACAUAUCUUCUGGAUUUUGGAAGAUUAUGGAACGAACCCAAAUAAUGUUCCAGAAGAGCCCUUUCAUCUGUAUUUUGGUAGAUGGAUUGCAGAUGGCCAAAGAGAACUCAUUGAAUCCUACAGUGUAAAGAAGAGACACUUUAUUGGAAAUACAAGCAUGGAUGCCUGCCUGUCUUUCAUUAUGGCCAACCAUGGGAGAGUAAAACCCAAUGAUAUUGUAUAUGAUCCAUUUGUUGGAACAGGUGGCCUUCUAAUCUCCUCAGCACACUUUGGAGCAUAUGUGUGUGGUACUGAUAUAGAUUACAACACAAUCCACGGAUUAGGCAAGGCAAGCAGAAAGAACCAGAAAUGGAGAGGGCCAGAUGAAAAUAUCAGAGCUAAUCUCCGACAGUAUGGUUUAGAGAAAUACUACCUCGAUGCGCUGGUUGCUGAUUCUUCAAGGCCGAUAUGGCGAAAAGGGAUGCUGUUCGACGCAAUCAUUACAGACCCACCAUAUGGUAUCAGAGAAGCUACUCGCAGAACAGGUUCACUGAAGGAAGCAGUUAAGUCGGUUGAAAGAAGCGCAGAAAAUCACAUCUUCGUUUCAUCCAGUUAUCAUCUAAGUGACAUCUUUUUUGACCUGUUGAAGUUUGCGGCAGAACAUCUGGUGAUGGGAGGAAGAUUAGUUUACUGGCUGCCGAUAUACAGGCCUGAAUAUACAGAAGAAAUCAUUCCCCGCCACCCGUGCCUGAAACUUAUUAGCAACUGUGAGCAGAUGCUUUCCAGGCACACAUCAAGGCGCCUGAUUACCAUGGAAAAGGUGAAGGAAUUCAAGGAUCAAGAUGAGAAUUCUUACUUGUUGGAUGGCCAGUAUAUGCCAUACAGGGGACACAAUUCUUUCCGUGAGAAGUAUUUCAGUGGUGUGACAAAGAGGAUUGCCAAGGAAGAAAAAGACAAUCAGAAGUAAAAUGUAAACAGAUUAAAAAAUGAGAAAAGAAUGGAGAUCAUGCUUCUUUGUAAGGACAUCUGGAUAUGAACAUUCAUUUGGAUGUUUCAGAAAAAUAAAUACUGCUUUUAAUUUUAAAACAAGAUGAAACCCACAACACAGGUUGAGAGCAGUUCUUUUUAAUUAGCUUUGUGUAUAGCAGAUUUUAUUGUACAAGUUUUUUGAGUCUUAUUUAAUUUAUAUUUGUACUUUCAAGUACUAAUGAUGAUUGACUAAAACCAUUAUUAUUGUUCUUUCACAAUUAACAUUUACAAAAAAGUAGUAGUAUUAUUUGGCUUCUUAAACUGUGAACAUCUGGCUGUUUGAGAAACACGUGGUGGUGAUCAAGGAUUACUUAUUAAGAAGAUCAUUUUCAUUUGUUUUGUUUUUUUGUAAAUGGUAUACAAUAAAACAAGACUGUUUUGAGGUUUUUUU